AUGAAGAAGAAGCCCUCGGGUGCGAAUUUCGUUUUCGCGGUUGGUCGCGGUGCGAGUCGCUCGCCCGGACAAUGGAUUCUCGACAGCGGUUCGAGUAGACAUUUGGUCAAUGACCCGAGUCUGCUGACUGAUCCGAUUGAUUAUCGCAGUGAGUGCAUGACUGCAGCCACUGAUGGGAGUGCGCUGCGGAUCACCCUACAAGGAACUGUAGACAUCCAAGUCGUUGCACUUGAAGUCGUGAACACAGUGAGGCUCCUCAAUGUUCAGUAUGCGGAGAACCUCGAGCGUAACAUCCUUUCCUACGGUUUGCUCGAGGCAAAAGGUUGCGUACUUGAAUAUCGAGGAGGGAGGCGCGUGUAG